AUGCCUUUCGAGUCGCAGGGAGACGACCCCGGACCUCCGAGGCCUCAAGAAGCCGAUACUACAAGAUCCCCAUUGACUCGUCCACCUGCGCCUCUCCAUCUUCCCUCGGACUACUCGAUCCAACUUCCCCACGGCUCUACGCAACCCCCGUCCUACCACACGGGCGGCGUCAGCACCUCACUCAACGAGGCGAGAAGUAGCGUGCGUCAGCUGAGUGGAAGCCAUUCCAACGAGCCCUCAUCAGGGGGUCCUUACACACUCAUCUUCUCAUAUGCAAAACAUGCCAGCUCCCUGACACCCUUGGGCGCCACCGCACCUCUCUAUGUUGCUUCGUACAAGCGACCUUUCGCAUUCUCCAAGCCCGACAUACUGGUCUCGUUUGCACCAAAGGACUACCAGUUGGCCACGGUCAAUUUUCACAGUUUCUCAAGCAAGAUCAAUCUCGUCUUCUCCGAGGACAGGAUUACCACGUACAAAGCCCACUUCCCCACCACCAACAUCAGAGCAUUCCAGUGGACGGUGAGAGAAGGUCCAAAGCGAAGCAAAGCCGGCAUUGAGUGUUUUGAUCAAUUGAAGCGGCCCGUGUGCACCAUUUCACUGACCCAGAACCUCACCAGCGGAAGCCUCGAAGUCUGGAAAGAAGACAUGGAGUGGGACGAAUUCGAUCGAAUGAUUGUGUCAGCAAUCGCGCAAAUCGAAUGGUUGAAGAGAAGACUCGAAAUACCCAUUGGAACCCUGCAUGAGGCGGCUGCAAGUCUGGGGAAUGCUGGUGGAGUUGCUGCUACAACAUGA